AUGGAUACUCAACCAUUCAUUGCACAACAUUAUAGGGACGACAAUAAAGUCCAUAUCCUUCUGGCUGCCUCCGGGUCUGUGGCCACGAUCAAAUUGCCCAAUUUCACGGCAGCACUCUGUCAGAAUGAGAGGGUUUCGGUCCGCAUAAUAGUCACGGAGGCUUCGGAGAACUUCCUUUUGAAUCAGAGCUCGGAACAGCCAAUUCUGGACUCUCUGCGGGAAAUAAAUGGGGUAGACGGGAUCUAUCGCGACCAAGAUGAAUGGUCUCCGCCAUGGACACGCGGGGGACCGGUUCUCCACAUUGAGCUGCGCAAAUGGGCCCAUUUGCUUCUGGUUGCCCCCAUGUCGGCCAACACCAUGGCGAAGAUGGUGAAUGGGAUUGCUGAUAACCUGCUUCUCUCCACCAUCAGGGCCUGGGAUACGACGGGAUGUGUAGACAAGGAAUUCAAGAAGUUGACACCCAGGAUCUUCGUGGCACCAAGUAUGAACACGGCAAUGAUGAUCCAUCCGGUAACCGAGAAGCAGCUGAAGGUUCUACGGGAUGAAUGGGGAUGGAGUGAAUCCAACCCCCAAGGAUGGGUGACCGUGUUGCCUCCCAUUGAAAAGAAUCUCGCCUGUGGAGAUGUGGGAAGUGGAGGCAUGAUGGAGUGGAAAGACAUUGUCUUGGUCAUCCAGGACUAUAUAACAUGGGCACAGAAGCCCUAG